UACCUCGACCCCGCGGACUCUUCGAAGCCGUACAAGGACCCGACGCCGCUGCCGUCGGACAUCCCGAAGGUCAAGGAGCUCGGCGUGACGAGCGCGCCGCUGAAGAGCGCGGCGUUCUUCCUCGGAGCGUACUGCAAGGAUUACAAUGAGGACUUCAUGCUUUGCAAGUCGGAAAGUGCGGACCCUGCGCACUGUCUGAAGGAGGGCCGGCGAGUGACGCGCUGCGCGCAGGACCUGAUCGCCAAGCUACGUGAGAACUGCCUGUCCGAGUUCAACGAGCACUGGGGCUGUUUGGAAAAGAACAACCAGGAAUACUACCACUGCCGCAAGGACGAGCGUGUCCUCAACAAGUGCGUCUUCGAGAAGCUCGGUCUGUCGAAGACGAUCCCCGGCGCCCCUGCGGGCAAGACCCCCAUCCACGAGGUCAAGAACCCUGUGUACACUGGCGUGCAGAAGUAG